AUGGAACGAUGUGGGGGCCGGUGGAUCUACCGCCCUGACGCUUUCGACGUGUGCUGGUGUGCAGGUCAGUGCGACGAUUCGGAAGGUAGCUACUCGCCUGUCGCAGACGGCCUGAUCGUCCUCGGGCCAACUCACCCUGCUAGGGAGGAGCUGCAGAUCGUUGCCAACCCGUUCCGCCUCAAAUUCUCUGUCAAGUUACCGAGGGACACCGACCGUUUUAGCAUUAUCCCGUCGGGAGUUGAGAAUGUGGCUUGCGGCAGCGACGCUGCACUUAGCUACGGCAGCACGUUCUCGGCCACAAGCGCGCCGUACGCAGACGUAGAGGACGAGUUGGAGACAUGGGUCGACACAGUGGUUCAUGAGGUCGGCUCCUAUCAUGUCUGUUGGUGCGGGCGGUUAUCGUGCUCCAGAGCGGUGCACUACAAUAUCGUCGCGAUUUAUCUGAUCGUCGGCGGCCCGACCACGUCCAGCUUCUCCACGAUGGAGGCCGGUUGGCCUUUGAGUCUUGGCGUGUACGGAAUCGCGCUCGGCGCCGACGACAGAAUCUCAAUUGUGCCACCCGGCGUCCAAUGCGGCACGGACGCGGCUACCAUUCUUGCGGAUACUGUCGAUCAUUCCAACAGCGAGGCGGACGGGUUAGGAUCACCACAUGUCAUCGAUCCAACCUACGUCGUGUGGAGCGGAUUUACAAUCAAAUCUCCGGGCACAUACACGAUUUGUUGGGUGGGUAAUUACUCCGAUUCGAGUCGUUGUGUUGAGCCAACAUCGGCCACCGAGUGCGGUAGGUACGUAAGCACUAACUUUCCGUAUACGUUGGCGACUCUGUUUGUGGACUACGGUCGUGUCACCAUGUACGGCGAGGCCGACAUCGACACCUGCUCUGGACUCUGGAUCGACGCGCUGCCGCCUGGCUACGCUGCGACGCAGUUGGAGUGGACAUGCGCGCCGGUUUCCAGUAGCAUGUGCAACCAUGUGAUGGCGGUGUCAGACAGCCUGGAGUACUCUGGGGCUCAGGAGUGGCAGGAUGGCUUGUACGCCAGCGUCCCUGCUAGCGUGCUACGCUCUGGUCUAGGCGACAGCAACCAAGAGAGCUUCGAGCUAACGGUUACCCUGCUCGACCCCGGCAACGUAACCCGGCGGGGCUCCACCACGAUCACGGUCUUUUCCGGCCUUCCGCUUGUGACGUCGCGUGAGUCGGAGGUUGAAGCCACGGUCGGAGGCUCCUUCCGCCUCGAGGUCUACGUAAGGCCACCACCUGCAGCGGAUUGCACCGCCACGCCCCCUGACGGGCUAAACGUGUCGGUCGUGUGGUUUCGCCGCGCCCCUGGUGGCAUAGAGUUCCCAGCACUCGCUUCCCAGGGCAGCAUCAUCUCCGAGAUCGAUUGGAUCAGUUAUCUAGCCUUUGACUCCCCCGCUGUUGCGGCGCUAGGCGUCGGCACGCACACCAUCGAGGCACACGUCAGCGCCGCGGGCGCGGGCGGCCUCGCCGUCACGAGGGCGAUGACCUUCGAGGUACGCGUGGUCACCGUGGCCUCUCCCGUGGCCGUGCUGGCUGCCCCAGACAUCGCCGCAGUCGGCUGCCCGCUAGUGCUGGACGCCUCAGGCUCGUACGACCCGGUCGAGCUGAGCGCGUCGGUCUCGUACAGGUGGGGCUGCUUUCCCGUCGGGGCGGCCGCGUGCCCAGACCUGGAGGCGUUCGGCGGGGCCUUCCAGAGUGUCCGGCUCGGUGCGGACAGCGUGGGCCAGCUGACUUUCCGGGUGACCGUCCUGUCCUCCACCGGGUCCCGGCAGAGCUCCGCCGGCAGGACCAUCCAGGUGCAGGCCAACACCACGUCCGGGCCCGGCGAGGGGAUCGGCACGCUCGCCGUGCCGCCCACCCUGGCCGUGGGUGGCCAGCUGGAGUGCGCCGCCAGCAUGUCGCCGGAGUGCGGCCCCUCUGGAGAGAUUGCCUGGGUGCUGGUAAGGGCGGAGGCCUCUGGGCUGGCGGCGAUCGAGGAGGCGCUCGACACGCGCGAGGUCUCGGUCGUCGACCUGCCAGCGAGCGCAGCCGCCCCCGUCGUGAUGUUUGUGAGCACCGUGCCGUCGUCGAUGCUGAUCGCGGGGGGGCAGUACCGCUGCGUGCUGAGGUCGGAGGGCCAGGAGCUGCAGAGCACCGGCGCCUUCGCCCUCGCCGACGCGCCCUGGAACGGGCAGGUGAUCCUCUCGCCACAGGAGGGCACCGCGCUGCAGACGGACUUUCUGCUGGUCGCGGAGGGGUGGGUGUCGCACGUAGCCGACGCCUUGCCGCUCGAGUACGCGUUCGUGGUCCUCAACGUCAGCUCGGAGGAGGGCUCCUCCCUGGAUCAGCCGGCGUACAUCCGCGGCUACGGCCAGGACAACCCAUGCAUUGCAGACUGGGCGUCUCGGGCCUGGCCACCGUGGCGACCAUGGUAA